AUGCCAACCGCCACUGCUGACUACAAGCUCUUUACGCCACUCAGACUCGGACACGACCUCGAGCUUAAGAACCGUGUCGUGUUCGGUCCGCUCACUCGAGGUCGCGCCAACGCCAAUCGUGUCCCCUCUGCUGACAAUGAGCUCUACUAUGAACAGCGCGCAGGUGCCGGUUUGAUCAUCACUGAAGCCACCGCCAUCUCCGAGCAAGGCUACGGAUGGUACCACGCUGCUGCUUGCUACAACGAGGCACAUGUCGCUGGCUGGAAACGCGUGACAGACCGCGUGCACAAGAAGAAGGGGACUAUUUUCCUGCAAAUGUGGCACAUGGGUCGGCAGAGCCAUUCAAGCUUCCAAUCGACGAGAGAGAUCGUGUCGGCGUCAGCGUUGCGACUCGAGAGUGGCCACACGCGCGACGCCAAAUACGUCCAGGCCGAGUACGAGACGCCUCGUGCACUCGAGACCCACGAGCUUCCGGGGGUCGUCGAGUCGUACCGUCACGGGGCGGAACUGGCCAUGAAAGCCGGAUUUGAUGGGGUCGAGAUCCACGGUGCGAAUGGCUACCUCAUUGACCAGUUCUUGCAGUCGUGCUCGAACAAACGCACGGAUAAGUACGGCGGGUCGUUCGAGAACCGUGCACGUCUGUUGCUCGAGAUUGUUGAAGCUGUCAAAACGGCUGUACCGGCACAUCGCAUUGGCGUUCGUCUUGCUCCGAAUGGGGCGUUUGGCGGUAUGGGGAGUGAAGACAACUAUGAGAUGUUCAAGUACACGAUGGAGCAGCUCGGCACGCACGGACUUGGUUACCUCGCUAUUCUGGAUGGUCCGGGUCUAGGAUACACGGACAAGUGCCGUCACACGACUCCGUUCGAUGCCAAGACGGCAUUCAAGGGCGUCGUGAUGGCCAACAACAAUUACACUCGGGACCUCGCGGAGGGCGCACUUCGCACUGGCGCAGCGGAUUGCGUCGGGUUUGGACGGCUGUACAUUUCAAACCCUGAUUUGGCUGAGCGCUUCCAGAAUGACUGGCCUGUAGCUCCCGAGGCAGGACGCGAGGUGUAUUAUGAUUCGUCGCUGGGUGGCAAAGGCUACAAUGACUUUCCGUUCUACCAAGCUAGCUAG